ACGCGGGUGCAGGGCAGGUUCGGCGUGGUCACGUGGCUAUUGUUGUUAGUGAUGAUGCUGAUCAUGAAGGGGAGCAUCCGGGUCACCGUGAUGGAGGCGAUCGGCGGUACCGAGCGGCUCGAACGAGUGCGGCGGUGAGCGGCGAGCCGUCGACAACGAGGCGAGGAGAGCCGCAUCGCUCUCCGAUCUUCUCGCUCCGCGCGGACAAACUCAGCCCGGUGGGGUCGGGGUCGGGGUGGGGGCCCUAUGUCGGCACGCGGCGCCGCUGUCGUCGUAUAUAAGUAAGGGCCUGCGUCCACUUUGAGGAGACCCGGCAUCGCUUUGUUAACUCCGCCGGGCGGGGCACGCGUCUGCCGGGCUCGAAUCCAGGCGAGCGGCGUCUCGGCCAGGCAUCAUCCAGCAGCGCGAGGCCUCGAUGCUGUUGGCCUCCUUCGGGAGGCGCGUCUCUUCGCUCGUUCGCCUCGGCAACCGGAUUGUGUCUUGGGCUUUGGAGCCAGACGCGUGGGGGGAUCCCCGGAGCUCGGAGAUCGGAGCCCGAGUACCGGGGUCGUGUUCUCCGCGAACGACACGCGUCUCUGAGCGGUGACCAGUGGGAUUCCCACCCCGUACAUCGCUCGUCGGGCCCCGUGGAGCGGAGUAUAAAGCACCCACCCGUCCGCCCGAAUCUCCAGAGAGCCCUUGUGGUUAACUAGUCCCCAACUCUUGGGACGUCCGACUCCCCGUGCCACGCUCACAGGACUUCAGACACCCCCCCCCGCCGCUCAUUUAUCUAUCCCGGGCGCUGCGCGCCACUCCCCUCUCUUGCGGGUUGCACAGUGGAGGCCCUGGUUCUCCCCCGCCCAGUGGCAGCCUGUGUUUAUCCUCGUGUGCCUGCCGCCAUGGACAAGCGGGAGCCGCCCUAUUACAACAGCGAGGAGAGCCCGUACGUGAGCUACAGCUUCCCCUUCUACGAGACAAUGGAGGUGCUCAUUGAGACCCUCACCGGGACGUUUUUCGAAAUCCGCGUCUCGCCCUUCGAGAGCGUCAUGUCUGUGAAGGCCAAGAUACAGCGGCUAGAAGGCAUUCCCAUCACACAGCAGCAUCUGAUUUGGAGAAACAUUGAACUGGAGGAUGACUACUGUUUGCAUGACUACCACAUUACGCAUGGCUGCACCAUCAAGCUGGUACUAGCCAUGAGGGGAGGACCCAUCAACACGCGCAAAGUGGCGGUGGAGGACCCGGCGGUGCGCGAGAUGGCCGAGUACAUGGAGGAGAACCGCGAGGAGCUCCUGGACAAGUUGCCGGCGAACAAGCAGGUGACGCUGCUCGUGUUCCGGGAGGGAGACCAGCUCAACUUCUUCCGCGUGGUGGAGCGCAGCGACGGCACGCUCACACCGCUCUCCGAAUCGCUCAGUGGCGGCUCGAUGUACAAUCUCUACGCGGAGGAGGAGGAGGAGGAGGAUGCCGAGGAGUCCCCCUCGGUGGAGCAGCUGCAGGAGAACGCGCUCACCAUGAGCAAGAUGAGCAUGCUCCGCAACCACAUGAGCCUCGCCAAGAAGCCCAAGAAAGGCAUUCCCAAGCUGCAGCCGCGGCCUCCGUCGUCUCUGCGCUCCAUUGGCGGGAUCUGCGCCUCCCGCAGCCGUCAACGUCUGCGUGCCUUCCCGCAGUUAAGCCAGUCGCCGGGCCGCCCCCAUUGCCUACCGCCGCUCUGCGGCUCAAACGCCGAGAGCUCCGAGCAACCGACGGCAUCGAUGCAUCUCCCGGGCAGCCCGGUCACCAGGGUACCAUCGCGCACGGUGCCACCGCCGCCGACUGUGCUGACGACCAACCCGUUAGCGUUCUGCUCCCCCUAUAUCAACGGCAUAUCUUCCGUCAUGCCGGAGGGUGGUCCGCACCUGACGUCCAGCCUGCUCACCACCGGCGUGUUUGCUGGAGGUUUCCACCCAGCAGUUGGGCAGGUGUCCGGCGGGCAGCGUGCGCGCGCCCCGACGACCGACCAUCAGAAGGCCGCUGCCACCACGGGCCACGCCACCAUCCUGUCCUCGUUCAGCCCUCUCCCCGCCAUCUCAAACGGAGCUGCCCUCUUCAGCGGCGGAAACUUUGCGGCCAACGCCUUGACGGGUGCGGCCUUUGACGCGAUUGUCCGUUCUGAGGGCUUGCGCGGCGCCACCGGUGGCAGCUUGUCCGUGGGGGCAGACGUUCUGGAAAACAAACAGAGUCCCAUUGCCUUGCCGGGCUACGUGCCAGCCCUGGAGGGUGUGGCCGUGCCGGGCAGAGGCGAGGCGGGCGCUGCCGGCGGUGCACCGGCGGUGCCGCCUUCUGACGGAACCCUGGGUUCGACUCACGAGGACUUGGCUUCCGAGACUCACUUGCUGAUGCACGAAGCAGGGGGCAGUCUGUUCAACAACUCGCAUGUCGCUGGCUCCUACGCGCUCUCUGCGGCCGACAUUUGGCCCGCGUACUCGCUUUUUCCGCAACUCGAAGUUGGCGGCGUUCUGCCGGGGAUGGGCCCCUCAGCGUUCUGCAUCCCGCCGAGCGCCGAGAAGGACGCGACCGCGGUGAACGCCGACGCCGCGCCGGAACACCUCGUCGCGACGGAGGAAUUCGCGAAACUCGCCGACCAAAUGGAGAGGAUGGACAUCUCCAGGGCGGCGGUGGCGGCGACGGCCGCCCGCGCCGCGGAGAGCAGGGAGUCUGCGUACAAAGCGGAAGUCGCCGAGACCGUCGAGGCUCUGGAACGGCUGAUGAUCCCGGAGGAGGGCAGCGACCUCGACGACGCAAGGCUCGACACGAAGUGGGAGCUCGUCGUGGGGGCGGAGAGCGGCGGCGAGCCCCUGCGCUCGCGGGCCUCGCACGGCGCCACCAGGCAGCCGAAAGGCAACCGCGGCGGCGCCGGUUACGACGACCUCUCCGAGUCGACGAAGACCCUCAAGAGGCUGAAGCGGUCGGCGGGGGAGCCUCCGAGGGCCGCCAAGAGCGGGGCGGCUCGGACCGCGCCGUUUGCCGGGGGGCGUGGCGCUCCGCCCGUGCCGCUCCUCAAGCCGCUGCUGGUGCCGUCCCCGCGCCGCCGCGCCGCAAGGCUGCCCCACGACGGCCUCGGACCGCCGUCCCCCAUGGGGGCGAGCAACCUGCGCCCGCCGGCUCAGACGAAAAGGGUCCUGCUGCCUUCGCCGAUGGACCCCGGUGCCUUUCAGAAAAACUUUGGCGGAGCCGGCAAGCCGGGCAGGAUGGUGUCGGCAGGCAAGAAGGUGGUGGGCGCGCAUGCCAGGCCGAGCAGCGGCUCGGAGGGCAACCGCGCCGCGGCAGCCGGCGCCGUGCCGUCAUGCAGUGGUAGCGGCAGCAGCAGCAGAAGCAGCAGCAGAGACGUGCGUCUGCUAGCGCGCCUGUCGUCGCGCGACCGCCUCCUGCCGCAAGUCAGUUCGGUGGCUCGAGCCUCGACGCCCGACCUGCUGCACCGCCGCGGGGCUGAGACAACGACGGCGGCGGCGGCGGCGGCGGCGUCCGUCUCUUCCUGUGCCGGCGGGGCCGCAGCCUACUCUCUUAAUGGUGCUCGCUGCUCGGAACCUUGCUCUCCACAGGCCGAAGAAUCAGGUGGCGCGAGGUUGGUGGCGCAAACUCAGCAGCCGAAGAAGAAGGCGGCGACAAAGAGGUGCUUCUUCUGCGGUCGGAAGACGGGGCUGGCGACGAGCUACGAGUGCAGGUGCGGCAACAACUUCUGUGGCAUGCACCGCUACGCGGAGGCGCACGCCUGCACCUUCGACUACAAGAGCAUAGGCCGCAGGCUUCUGCUCGACAGCCACCCGGCCAUCAGCGCUCCAAAGCUGCCCAAGAUCUAGGUCCGGCCGGCCACUCGCCCUCCUGCUUCUCUGCCAGUGUCGAGGUCCUUCCGUUUUUUUACUUUUCUAUUUUGGUGAUGAAGACGUGCGCCGUUGGGUCUGCCCUCUGCCUCCCCCGCCUCCACCUCCCACCACACUCCGCCCCCACUCCCAACUGCAAACACGUCGAGGGUUCUAAACGUCGGGGGGGGGGAGGGGUUCUAGAGAAGCGCACCGAUUCGUCAGCUCGUGCACGCGUCAAAACCACCCCGCUGAGAGUGCGUUGCGCAUAGCGGUCUCCCGAAAUGCCCCGGCAUCACGGGACGCUUGCUUAAAAACGAGUCGCACUCGUUUCUGAGCGCGACGAGGCUGACGACAAUCUCCGCAAUCUCUCACGGCAUUGCGGGAGGGUUGGGGUCGGGUGCGAGGCGUUGCGUGCCUGGUGGAUGCCAGGAAUGCCGGUGCCCAUCUUCACAACUUGGGGCACCGAAGCCGGGACCGCGCAGGGAUACGGUGACGAUCAAAUUGCACGUUAGGUUAGGGAAUUGGUACGUGGAAGGAAAAUGUUGUACAUAUUUGUUUGGCCCCCCCGCCCCCAACACGCGCCACAUGCUUCCCCGAUGUUCCUAGUAAGCAGAACGAUGUGAGCCCGGCUGCCUCCACCCCCCCCCCCCCCCCCCCCCCCCCCCCCGUGGGAGACGCGUCUCCGGCGCUUUCCACUUCCAGAGCGAUGAUUCGGAAUCCCCUAAUUCGGACAGAAGCGACUGUCGCUUUCGUCCCGGCAGACAGCUGCUCUGCGCGCGUCGCGUGUGCGGGCGCUCGGCUCCUCACACAGCGGGGCUGCGUACAGGACAUUGGUCGGAAUGUCGACCCCUUCACCUUGUACACAAAUUAAAUAAAGAUAUGGGUGCUUGUGUGUGCUUGCUACACGGAGUGCGCUUUCGUUUUUGUUUUAAGACGUGAUUGCAGAGGAUUGCACUAUUACGUGAUGCUGGUUGGUUUUAUUAGUACUGUUAUCUUUUUCUUAACAUCGUAAUUUUUUAUAGAACAUGGAAUGAGGCCUUUAUCAUAAUAAUAACAAUGGUGUGAUAAGUGUCGUCGUCGUCGUGUUUUCCGUUGAUCUAUAACUACUGUUUCGAAACGUCGUUCUUUUUUAAUCUGCUAUGCAGCUCUUCAGAUUAAUACGGAUAAGUGUAUACUGGCAGUGUGUGUGUGUGUGCAUGUACGUGCUCGCAAACAGCAGUUGCCCCAAAAGUCCAUUAAUGCUGUAGGGGAAAUCUUUGUCUCUGUGUGCAUGCAAUACUGGCUGUGUGCGUGUGCUUGUGUGUGCGUGGGUGUGUACUGGCCGUGUGUGCGUGCGCAUGUACACGGGCUGUGCGUGCGUGAAAACUGGCCGUGUGGGUGCGCGCGUGCGCGUUUUGCUGGUAUUGUACCCUUGUAUAGGCUGACCUUUGACUGAGGGCUUAUAUAAUUGGACUCGGUGUGUUUGCGUGAAGAUCGCAAAGGUAGCCGUAAAUUGGUCACUUUAGAUGAAGUGAAACCGUUUAUGAAUAAAACAUUACACCUCACUUGAAGUUGGAACGUGACUGCAAUGUAAGCGGGCCGGCCGAUUGGUGCGGUCUCCUCUGCGUGCAUCCACACCCACGGAGAGAGAAUCACCCCGGCAGCUGUGACGAGCAGAGCCGAUGCAAAUUCCAAUUUCUAGCAACUCCCAAUUGUUCUUCCUGUCUGCACCAGCUGUGUUAAACCCCCGUGAUGGAAUGCCAGCCCUCUAAAUUGGAGUCGGUAUCCAGCCUUGGCCUUGCUAUUUGACGCCCCACCUGGAAAUGCACUUUGGGCCAGAUAUUAAAACAAAAACAAAACUCCCUCGUCUCGCAGAGGGAGGAGAUGUUUAUGUGCAGCGGACGCCAAACCGUGCUUGCCGCUCCCGCUAAUGAAGUCACGGUUCCAUUGGGUUUUGUUGCUGUCGUAGGUUGUGCAAUACGUUCAGGGUUUUAAUGCCUUUAAACCGCGGAGCAUAGAGACGCCUCCGUGCAGCUCCCGUUGGUACAGCGACACCGAGGCCCGCCACGGCCGCUGUGGCCUCGAGGAGAGCGGUGCACUGGGCUUGCGAUCCAGAGCUCGCCGGUUCGAUCCCGAGACUUCGGCGCGGCAGUUGAAACGAUAGUGGGGGGUGGGGUGGGGGGGGCUAGCAUCUGAAAUCCCGCCGACCCCUACGACGUCUUUCCACACAGCGGAGCAGACGGGCGCACCGCGGUCUACGACCGGCGUGGCGGGGAAAAAAAGCGUGUGCACGCCCGCCCCUUCCCACACGUCCGGUCAACGUGACGGAGUCCGCCGAACACCCUCUCGAAUUGGCGUGAGCCGGGCAGUCGGUCGCUCGGUAGGGUCAAGGGAAGCUCGCGUGGGUGAAUGUCACCCGGGCCUGCCCGUGCCUCCGACGCUGCGCUUGGCGAGUCGUUGCUCCGCUCUGCAUAAAGCAUUGACCCGUGAUGUUGGUGUCCACUGUGAGUUCUGUUAGGUGCACGCUCUAGUGCCAUCGCGCCCACUCAAAUGCAUGCAUGCGUGGUGUGGGUGCCGGUUACGCCCUCGCGUUCGUUGGCUGGGCACUCCCGUCAUUCGUGACUUGAACGCUCCCUGAUCUGGCGUCGCGAGUUUGUCGGCGCGCGCGUUAUCUCGACACCCCCCCCCCUCCCGGGGGGAGGGGGGUGGGGGGGGGGCGUCGCUAACGCCGACGCAAAUCGUUUGAUUUUGCUCCCGGAGAGGCCUCGAGUAUCGCCCGUCGCUCGGCAGCUAACCCGGCUGACCUGUGCGCGCGGUCACGUCCAGUGGCGCGCCCAAGCGUGUUUUACGUGUCGCGCGCUCUUGAGCUCGUCGCACAGGUGUCUUGGGCGGAGAGGCACCCACCCGUUUAGUUGACGCGGCCGGGAGCAUUCGCGUGGGGAUUGGCCGCGUCGCCGCUCCCGGCCUCGGCGCCCACGGCUUGCUCCGAAGUGACAGGUGGGAGUAAGACAAAUGGGUCCGCUCUUUCGGGAAGGCCAUUUCGGCGACAUGGCGUUAAAGCCACGACCCCCCCCCCCGCACCCAUCCCCUCCCCGCUAGGGUCACCGCACCCAAGGCUGCCGGGGUUGGUGGAGGAGGGGGGAUCGAAUCGAUGGUGCGAGUCGAGGUGCUGUCACGAGCUGCCCGGGAGGUCGGCACGGCGGCGCGUUAGCUCCCCCAGAGAGCCGUGCCCGCCCAAUUUAAUAUCUUUAUUAAUAACGUUGCUUUAAUCUUUAAUUGAAUCGGACUGGGAACAAAGUACAGUUAUUGGCUCUCAAGGUUAAAAUGUGGCCCCGUGGAUUUUUGUUUCUUUCGAAUUGACGCAAGAGUUGAUCGGGGUCCGCUCCACGUUUUCCAGAGGUCGCCUGCCUCGCGCUUCCUCGAGCGUCCCAAAUUCCAGCGCUCGCGACCGCACGCACCCGAUGAUUGAUAAAAACGCCGCCUGACAAGAGCGAGCGUGCAACCAAAUCGAGAUGGGGGCUUUUUCGUCCAUGUGUGCGACUGUGUGUGUGUGUGUGUAUAUAUAGGCGUGCGUUUCGUACGGUGGGGAGAUCAGAUUGGGAUUAAUCGCCACCCUGCGUGGUGUGCGGGACGUGUCCAGCGAUCAUCGGGGUGCGUGCAGUUGCACAACAGCUUGGCGAUUUUAUCGCGAGCGCGCCCAAUGUGAGCGCGGAAAUGUGCGGCGUGGCGGGUCGCGAGGACUGGAGUUUGGAAACCCCGCUGAUGUACGGAUGAACCGAGCGUUUUGAUGAAUGGGCCGCUCUCUCGCCCGUGGUGGGCUCCCCAGGGCCUACGCCUGCUCCGCUUUGCAUCACAUUUCUUAGUGAAGCCUCGACACCAAUUAUCUCCACGCGCGGCGGCUCCUCAAGCCGCCAGUGUCCUAACCCCGUUGCUCGCCUCUCACACCGUGGGCCUGAUUUUGUUAAUUCUCUUCUUCUCCCACCGUUGGUGUGAAAUUAGCUCUCGCACAAUUCCACAGACACCCCCCCCCCCCCCCCCCCCCCGAUUAACGUAUCGGUGAAUUUUACUACGUCUAGUCACAUCUUUUUGAGGAAACGUGCGGGGAGGGGAAGGAGCGAGACUACGCGUUGACGUUGAAAUUUUGUCCGUGGCUGCACGCGUCGGACCCAGCGCGCGAUCCCAAGUUUGCUGCCGUUCCCUUCCACCGCUUGCGAUGGGGUGCCACGCAGAGCGACGUCCAUGACGGAUGGUGAAGAGCGGUUGUCGAGCACCGUUUGUGUUUGGGGCGCAAGGCUAUCGCAAAAGGACCGGUGUAGCCUGCGUGUGUGGCGGGGGGGGGGGGUUGAGCGAUCUUGCCCGUGUGUAAUUUGAAUUGAGCAAAGUGCGCUGUCGUUUUUUUUGCCCCCUUAAGGCAAACUUUGGGACGCGAUGCCGGCAGCGGUGGCGAGCGUGCAGUGUCGGUAGCAGCGGUGGCGAGCGCGCAGUGUCGGUAGCAGCGGUGGCGAGCGCCCCGCGUCGGUAGCAGCGGUGGCGAGCGUGCCGUGUGGCGAUCAGCGGUGCCGAGCGGCGAUCAGCGGUGCCGAGCGUGCCGUGUCGGUAGCAGCGGUGGCGAGCGCGCUCGCGCCCACGUCGUUCGGGAUGCCGAACCGGAUCGCUUGUUUGUUCGUGGGAUGGUGGGGUUUUUCGUCAUUUGCGUGUCGGCAAAGUGCGACCGCCUGUUCAUCAAAUCUGUGUUUAAUUGUGGAAAGCGGCGUCUCGUGGAUGGUCGGUGUGAGAGAGGCACGAGGCAGCCUCUCGCCGACGGACUAACUCCCUCCUGUCUGGUCGUUACACCUCACCCUGGUGUGGGUAAGAACUAAGCACACAGCUUUAUAUGUUUGUAUCUCUUUAAUAGUGCUGCUUCUUUCGUUGAGACUAAAUAAACAAAAAUUUUAAACUGA